AUGCAGGUAGGCUGCCCAACCACCAACAGGGACGCAGAAGGAGAACAAAUCUUGGAUGCCAAAGACGUUUUUGUUGAUUUGUUGGCCAACGACCAUGUGAGAGGUAAACAGUGGUCCAAUUGCAUUGAUCCAUGGUCCGGCCCAGUGCUUGAAGAUCAAUCCUUGGCCGCCGAGGGGUCCCUCUCCAAUCCAACUUUGGAACAAGAUGGCCAGUCUGAAGGUGAAGUUGGGACUGCCGAGUUGGAGGCGGAAAGACAGAUGCAACCAAUACACCCUCAGGACCACCGUGGUCCGGUUGUCACAAACCUAGUCACAAACCGCUGCGGCUGUGGUGCCCUGCCAAUAGGUGAGUAG